AUGACAACCAAAGAAGAUCUCUGGCACAUCCUCAACGACUUGACCAAUGAGGAGUUCAAGCAUUUCAAGUGGUUCCUAAAAGAUGCAGAAGAAGGUUUCAGAGCCAUCCCAGAAGUCCGUCUGGAGAAGGCGGACCAGCAGGACACUGUGGAUCAGAUGGUGCAGAACUAUGGAACCAUCACUAAAGCUCUGCAGAAAACCACCAGGAUUUUGAAGAAGAUCCACAGGAAUGAUCUGGUGCAGUGUUUGUCAACCACCGGAACAGGACAGAGAAACGUUAAGAACAUCAACUCUGCUCAUCCUCCCUGUAACUCUGAGAGGCAGAAGGCCAAACUGGAAGAGAUGAAGACUAAAACAAAGCUGAUGAUACAGGAGAGGAAGAAGAAGAUUGGUGAAAUCCAGCGCUCAGCAGAGCUCAGCAGGAAGUCUGCAGACAGACAGAUUUCGGACAGCAAGCGCGCUUUCACCGCUUUGAUCCAGUCAGCUCAGAGAAGUUCGGACCACGUCGCUGAAGAGAUCAAGGAAAGGCAGAGAAGGACACAGAAAGAGGCUGAUGGGAUCAUCCAUGAGCUGAAGCAGGAAAUCUCUGAGCUGUCCAAGAGAGAGGCCGAGCUGAACGACAACCUGGGCUACAAUCAGAGCUUCUCGUUCAAGAACUGGACCGAGGUCACCGUUCCUCAACCAUCUUAUGAGGAAACCGUGACGACUUCUGUGAACGCACUUAAGGAGACGCUCGCCGAAAAGAUAAACAAGGCAGAGCUGAGGAGCGUCCAACUGUUCGCGGUGGACGUGGUUCUGGAUCCUGACACAGCCCAUCCUGAACUGAUCCUGUCCGAUGAUGGGAAACAAGUACAUCAUGCUGAUGAGAGGAAAGAUCUCCCAGACAACCCCAAGAGAUUCAGGGACUGUGUCAAUGUUUUAGGGAAACAGAGUUUCUCCUCUGGAAGGUUCUACUUUGAGGUCCAGGUUAAAGGGAAGACCGACUGGACUUUGGGAGUCAGCACAGAGUCCAUUGACAGGAAGGGAGAGCUCACGCUACAACCUGAAAGUGGUUUCUGGACUAUUUAUUUAAGGAACGGGGAUGAAUACGAGGCUUUUGAUAAACCCAUAGUGCAUUUACCUUUAAGGUGUCAUCCUCAGAAGGUGGGAGUGUUUGUGGACUAUAAGGAGGGUCUGGUUUCCUUUUACGAUGUGGAUACUGCAGAUCUCCUCUACUCCUUCACUCGAUGCUGCUUCGCUGAGAAACUCCUGCCGUUCUUCAGUCCCUGUACAAAUGUUGGUGGCAUGAACUCUGCUCCGCUCAUCAUUUCUCCAGUUAAUCUCUCAGAUUAG